AUGGGUCAUGAUGAUCUCUUUGUCAGGCUGUCAGGUUGUGUAGUCACAGAGGAAGGCUGUGCUUCUCUGGUCUUAGCUCUGAAGUCAAACCCCUCACACCUGAGAGAGCUGGAUCUGAGUAACAAUGACCUGAAGGAUUCAGGAGUGAAGCUGCUCUCUGCUGGACUCGGGAAUCCCCACUGUAAACUGGAGACUCUGAGGCUGUCAGGUUGUCUAGUCACAGAGGAAGGCUGUGCUUCUCUGGUCUCAGCUCUGAGGUCAAACCCCUCACACCUGAGAGAGCUGGACCUGAGCUACAAUCACCCAGGAGACUCAGGAGUCAGACUGCUCUCUGCUGGACUGGAGGAACCACACUGCAGACUGGAGAAACUCAAUGUGGAACAUGGUGGAGAGAACAGAAUGAAACCUGGGCUUAGAAAAUAUGUCUGUGAUCUCACACUGGACCCAAACACAGUAAACAGACUCCUCUCUCUGUCUGAGGAGAACAGAAAGGUGACAUGGAGGACAGAGGAGCAGCCGUAUCCUGAUCACCCAAAGAGAUUUGAGGACUAUGAACAGGUGCUGUGUAGAGAGGGUCUGACUGGGCGCUGUUACUGGGAGGUAGAGUGGAGUGGGAGAAGGGCUGAUAUAGGAGUGACAUAUAAAGGAAUCAACAGGAGAGGAAGGGUUGAGGACUGUGGUCUUGGAUACAAUGACAAGUCUUGGAGUCUGGACUGCUCUGACUACAGUUAUAUUGCCUGUCACAAUAAUAAUGACACUACCAUAGACGUCCCCUCCUCCAGCUCCCACAGAGUAGGAGUGUAUCUGGACUGGCCAGACGGCACUCUGUCCUUCUAUAGAGCCUCCUCUGACACACUGACCCACCUGCACACAUUCACCUCCACGUUCACUGAGCCCCUCUAUCCAGGGUUUAGGGUUCAUGAUGAUACCUCAGUGUCACUGUGUCAGGUGGUCCCUGUGUCAAACACAUGAUGUAUCACUCUAAUCAGGGUCAUGUUCAGUAAGACACACUGGAGCAACAAUGUAGAAUAUUUUUCUAGUGUGUCAAACAUAUGAUUGUAUAUAUUCAUGAAUAAACACCAUUGAAGUUGACAGACAUUGUCAACUAGAGUCAUUCAUUAAUAUAAUGAAUCACCACACUGAGUUGUUAAAACGGGUUUCAUUUACAAAUCAUUGAUCUUGUUGGUUUUUUCUCCCCAAUUUCAUGGUUUCCAAUUGGUAGUUAUAGUCUUGUCUCAUCGCUGCAACUUCCACACGGACCAGACUCCUAGGCAUUUGUAGUUGUCCACAUAUUCUAAGUCAGAACCGUCCAGAGUAGUGAUGCUAGUCGGCGGGUUGGCGGGUGCGGGCAGCGAUCGGUUGAAGCGCAUGCAUUUAGUCUUACUUGCAUU